UAAGAGUAAUGAGCACUCUGAGACCAGUUAAUCGGUGACCUUCUUGUGCAAUUUCCGCUUUUUUAGGCCCAGGCUCCGAUAUUGGUGGUAUGCUCUUCGUCACAGCGGACAGUUAGGGCAGCUUGACGGAUCGCUCCACUAUAUCCAUUUCGGUCCGAUUGUUUUGCCAUCCGUCACCUCUCCUCUACGCAAUCCGUUCAGUUCUGAAUGGCUUCAAUUCCCGGUUUAUAAUCUGUCAAACGUUUCCUUCUACCUAGGUUUCUGGAUUUGACGAAGUAUAGUCUUGGUGUGUUGGGAUCUGUCACUCAUGAGGGACCGUUCGAAGGAUUUCUCCGUCUUUGAGUUCAAAUCAGAUGAUCCGACUGAGGCGGGCAACAAGUUGGGCAAGUAUCAGUUUUUAGAGGCUUUUUCAUCAGGCUCUUGUCAUUUAAAACAACCAGAUGUAUCCACCCUAUCACUUAUCGAUUUACAGGAAGUUGAUAGCCCCGAGAGGUCUACACUAGAUAGAAAUGUGGUUUCUACUGAAGAAAAAUAUGAAUUGGAUGAUGUUAAGGCUUGCUCAAGAAGCUAUCAUGAACAUACUAAAAUAUGCAAUUGUGAUUUUGAGCCGGAAAGUCUUGUCCGAGGUCUUGUAAUGGGAACUUCCGCGAUCCUUGCAGCUUCAGCUUAUGAUGAGGACUCUGAGCUACAUUCAUCUGAAGAACCUGUAAAUAUGAUGUCAGAUGAAGAAGAAAGCUGCACAUCGGCAUCUGAAACUUCAUCAAUUAACGCGGAUUUUCCCGAGAGUGAUGGUUAUCCAGAAUGCAAAGCUUCGGAACUCUGCCAUUCUGCUUGUGGACAGAGGGAUGACAACAAAAAUACAGUCGUUGUUUUCCCUGAUUAUGUUAACUACAGGGGCACACUAUUUCUUGAAUCUCAGUUAACUUUCUGUUCUGACUGCAUUAAAAUUGAGUGUUCUGAAUCAAGCAGAAGUGAUGAAAAGCUUAAUUUAGUGCGUGACAUAGCAGAUAUCAUCCGGAUUGCAUGUCAGUGGAGUAGAAGUGUUGACGCUCUAUUGUUUAUGUUUUGGAUUAAAACAAAUGCUAGCCAUGAUGUUGAGAAGUUUAUAGCAUCUAUAGCUGGCGAGUUCUGUGUGGAUAUAGAUAAGAAGAUCCAGUUUUUGGCAGAAAGAUACAAAGAUAUUUGGACUACUUUUCCUGAAAUCAUGGAGUCAUUUACUGAUGUAAUAUACCCCAAGGGAGAUCCUGAUGCUGUUUCUAUAAGUAAAAGAGACAUUGAGCUAUUAAAGCCAGAUACAUUUAUUAAUGACACAAUUAUUGACUUCUACAUCAAGUACCUACAGAAAAAGGUUCAGCCUAAUGAGAAGAGAAGGUUCCACUUUUUCAACAGUUUCUUCUUUCGUAAGCUAGCUGAUCUUGACAAAGAUCCAGGAAGUAUUUCACAUGGGAGGGCAGCAUUUCAACGGGUUCGGAAAUGGACACGCAAAUUCAAUAUAUUUGAAAAGGAUUACAUAUUUAUUCCAGUUAACUUCAAUCUUCACUGGAGUUUACUUGUUAUUUGCCAUCCUGGUGAAAUAAUCACUUUUGUAGAUAAUGAUCUAAAGAACUCUCCGAAGGUUCCUUGCAUUUUGCAUAUGGAUUCCAUUAAAGGAAGUCAUAGUGGUCUUAAAGAUCUCAUCCAAAGUUACCUUUUGGAGGAGUGGAGGGAAAGACAUCCAGAGUUUGCUGAUGAUAUUACAGCGAGAUUUUUGAAUCUGAGAUUUGUAUCUCUUGAGUUACCGCAACAGGAAAACUCAUCUGAUUGUGGACUUUUUCUGUUGCAUUAUGUGGAGUUAUUCUUGGAGGAAGCUCCUGCUUAUUUCAAUCCAACCAGAAUCACUAAGUUGUCAAAUUUUCUUAGUGCAGAUUGGUUUCCACCUGCUGAGGCUUCUUUUAAACGAUUUCAUAUCCGUGGGCUGUUAUAUGAACUUCUAAGAGAUUCAUCUCAAAAACAAACUCCCACUUAUAGCAAUGGGGAUUUCCCCUGCUCUGGUGAUGAUUGCGAUCAAGCUGUUGCUUUGGAGUUUCUUUCUGCAGAGGACAGCCCAUCAAAAAUAGGCGAUGGGUCUGCUUCAACUCUCCUUGUAAUUCCUGGCAAUAAUUUUGAGCAGACCGCAACUUUCGCUUCUCCUCAUCCAAGAACAUGCCUCGAGAAGGAACUUGGGGAUGCUAAAGCAGACAUAACAGAGAAUCUAAUUGGGGAGGGGAAUGAAGAUUCAUCAGAUCAACUGGUUGCCAUGAUCAAGAACCUAGAUGAUUGCCAUCUACUUGUUGGUAGUCCUACUCAGAUCUGUUUAACAUCAUACAGUGUGAACGACCCGGGAUCUCGUUACCUCCCAUGCAUUCCCGAGCAACCGAUGGAGGCAGUUGUGGAUACCUUUCCUACAAUAUUGAACGACCACCAACUUGCUAUCUCGGGCGAGAAAGAUGGAACACAAAAGCUUACAUCUGUAGUCGAUGGCUGCACUUUCAUGCCUGAUAAUCCCAUUACAUCUGGCGAGAAUCUGAGUGAAUGCGUCAGAAGUUCGCAAGAAAUGGAUGAUGGUAAUUCUGAGGUUGAAAAGCAUGAUGAUCCCCGAAAUAUUUGUGGUUUUAUAGAUGAUCACUGUGAUAAUGAUGAAAAAUAUCUCAAAACUGGCACAAAAGAAAUGUGUGAAGAAGCCGAUACAUCAGAGAUUGAGAAUGAUAAAGCUGAUCAUUGUCUACAAAACCAAACUAUUGGUGCUAAUUGUAAAGUGGAAGAAAACAGCUCCAUGGCUGAGGAUGGAGGGGACCAAGAGAUGAGCCCUCCUCAGAACGUUGCAGAAGUUUCUGAUAGUCAAGAGAACAAUUUUGUUAAGGAAAUGAGCAAACAAAGCAUUGAUACCAUUAAAGAGGAUCAAUCAGGAUCAAAUUUUCAUGAUUCGGGGAUUGUCGAGGUGAUUUCUCUAGACAAUGAUGUCGUUCAGCCUAAGAGGAAUAGAAUCUCUGAAUCUGUACAGCAGGUUUCUAAACGCCGGAAGGUCUUGCACCAGGACAUACGUCGCCGGGUCACUCGAAGCUCUUCUAAAGAGUGUGCUUCAUGA